AUGUCUGGAAUGCAUACUGUCGUCAAUCGGAGAGCCUGCCCGACGUGGAGCUCAGAUGAAACAGACAGUCUCACAGAGGACACGGACAAAACUUCCACUUCCAACAGGGGGAAACUGUGCAGCAUUAGCAUCCGGGAGAAAAUAACUGAGCAGAUUAAAAACGAAAGCAGGGAAGUUUUAGCAUGUCCAUCAAAGCGCUGGAGCCACACUCUGUGCCUGAGUGACCCAGAUACGGCUGUCCUCAUCGGAGGGGAAACUUCGGAUCAGAACUACUGUGAAGACUCGCUGUGGAAGCUUGAGUUGGACAGUGACUUCUGGUUCCCAAUGAACUCUUCUGCUUCUGGACCAGUGCCUCCAUGUGCCAGAGGACACACAGCGACCUUUGACCCAGACUCUAAGGCAGUCUUUGUGUACGGUGGCCUGAGGGAGAGUCAGCGCUACAGCGAGCUGUACAUCCUUAAUACUCUGACCUGGAAGUGGAGGCUUGUCACUGCUAAAGGGAAAGUGCCGGCUUUAUCAUACCAUUCAGCAGUUUUCUACCAGAAAGAGCUUUUUGUCUUUGGAGGAGUUCAGCCGCGCAAUGGAGUGGGAGAUAAAUGCAGCAACGCUCUCUACAUCUUCAGCCCAGAAUAUGAGAUCUGGUACCAGCCCAUUGUGGAGGGAGACAAGCCUCUGCCUCGCUUUGGGCACUCGGCUACGCUUCUUGGACAGAAACUGGUCAUUUUUGGAGGACAAAUGACUGCUGCCUACUUCAAUGAUCUUCAUGUUUUAGAUCUGGGACUGAUGGAGUACACAGCUGUGAAAUGUGCAAACAUGCCACCAUUGCCUCGAGGGUUUCAUGCAGCAGCUCCAGUGUUGGAUAACAGAAUUUUGAUCAGUGGAGGCUGCAGUGCAAUUGGAGCUCUGCAGGAUGUGCAUGUCUUCAACACUGACAUCAGAAUGUGGAGCUCAGUGGCAUGUCCACUGCUUUGCUCUAAACCCCGUGCAGGACACAGCAUGAUAAAUUUACAAACUGAGCAAGGUGAAAACAAUAUUAAGUGCACAGUGCUGGUCUUUGGUGGGUCUGACUGCUUUGAUUCCUUCUACGACGACACACAAAAGUUCUGCCUGGAAAUCACUGACAAAUGAUUAUAUCCAUGCAGUCGCAGACAACUGAUGUGAAAGAAAAGUGGUUUAUUUUGCUUUCUUCUGGUUUGAAAGAAUUCAUGUCACCUGUCAAAUUGUGUACC